CACCGGAAGUUCGGUGUGUGGCGGAGGAAAAAAAAUGAAGGCUGGCUGACAGAGGGAGUUUGCUUGUAAACCGCAAGCAAAACAACCGACGGUGCGUGACCAACUCCUCCACAUCAAGCAAGGCAUUGAACGACUGAUCUCGGGACGACACAUCCAGUGGGAUUUAUACAUAUUUAUAAAUCAAACCCGAGCAGCAGAAGCAACGAACAAGCCCCAUCCAGAACAAUGUCUGGCGUUGUGCGAGGCCCGGCGGGGAACAACGAUUGCCGAAUCUACGUGGGUAACCUCCCGCCCGAUAUCCGCACCAAAGAUGUGGAGGAGGUCUUCUACAAGUACGGGAACAUUCGUGACAUAGAUCUAAAAAAUCGCAGAGGAGGACCGCCAUUCGCUUUUAUUGAAUUCGAAGACCCGAGGGAUGCUGGGGAUGCCGUCUACGGCCGCGACGGAUACGACUAUGACGGCUACCGGCUGCGUGUCGAGUUCCCCCGCAGUGGCAGGGGCGGAAGAGGCGGCAGCUUUGGCGGUGGCGGGGCUGGGGCUGGGGCUGGCGGUGCGGCCCCCAGGGGCCGAUACGGGCCCCCAUCCAGGCGCUCCGAGUACAGGGUGGUUGUGUCCGGGCUCCCUCAGACCGGCAGCUGGCAGGACCUAAAGGACCACAUGCGCGAGGCGGGCGACGUGUGCUACGCCGACGUGUACCGAGACGGCACCGGCGUUGUAGAGUUUGUGCGCAAGGAAGACAUGACCUAUGCCGUCCGAAAGCUGGACAACUCCAAAUUCCGCUCGCACGAGGGAGAGACAGCGUACGUUCGCGUGAAAUUAGACGGUCCCCGCAGCCCGAGUUACGGACGGUCCCGCUCUCGCAGCCGCGGCAGCCGCAGCAGGAGCCGCAGUCGCACGCCAAGCCGAAGCCGGAGCCGCAGCGACUCCCGAGGACGCGGACGGGCGUCGCCACGCUACUCGCCGCGACACAGCUGCUCUCGAUCCCGAUCCCGCUCUUAGAAAAGCUGGUGGCGUUCCUCCCUCUUUCGCCAUCCUCCCUCUUGCCCUGUGAUGUAACUAGGGUUGCAAACGGGGUGGCGAAUGUAUGUAUUUUCUAGAAAGUUUGCGGUGAAUCUUCUAAAGGCUUCUGUCUCUGAUUGUUUGUUUACCUGAGACAUGCAGCGGUUUCUUGUCAAUCAAGUUAGAGGCGGAAGAAAGGGACGGACGAGUUUAUUCGUCAUCAGGUUGUUUGAACAAAAAUGCAUUUCCGCCUCACAACACAACGUUCAAGUUCCUCAUCGGGCGCUCACGCUCAAUUUCGUAAAUUUCUGCUUUAUUCCCGUUGAUCAAAUUCCUGUUACUUCUUGUGGAACGUUUCCAACCCAUAAUUUUGCAACCCUAGAUGCAAACCCAACACUUUUAACCAUUUCUUAGGCCUAGUAGACGAGUAUGGUAUGUAUGUAGUUGUACCCCCCCAUCCCUCCUAUUUCCUUUCCCCCUCUUCGCUCCCCUCUCCCAAAAUGUGCAAAAAUGUUGAGCCACACAACGUUUUUUGCAAUUUUAUGGGUGGGGGGGGGAGGGAGGGAAAAAUGGCUACUUGACAUUGGAUAUUUGGACAGAAAGACUGACGCUUUAACUAUAUUCUACCUUGUGUCUUCCUUUAGACUUCUGAAGAGAAGGAUUAAAGUGAUUUGGAAUAAAAAACCCAUUGUGGUGGAGCACAUUUCAUUUGUAUGGUCAGGAUAGGACAUCAAAUGGAGGCCAUGGUAUGCUUCACAUUCCGUCAAUCCAUGUCAUUGUUUUGUUCUUGUUGUCGUGCAUGUCAUAGAAAUGAAAAGAAAAAAAAACGCCGCUUUGGCUUGUGACACAGACAAAACGUGUUGUGAUCUAAGUGUAACAUCUUUGCUGUCAUAUGUAAAGGAAACAAUCUGAAUUGAUGCAACGUGUUAGGGAUUUUUUUUUAUUUUUUAUCUUUCUCGCAUUUUUUUUUGCCCCCGGUUUUUGUACGUUCUGUUCUAACGGUCUGCCUCUGAUUUUCUUCCUGGUAUUUCAAGGUUUUGAUUGGAGAGGAGUGGCUCAGUGGAUCGCAAUCCUUUGGAGCUGGAUCCAUUUUUAGGAAAGGGAUUAUAGGCAAGGAUGGAUGCUCGGGAACGGGAUCAGUUUUCCAGGAUUUCCCAACAAAAUUUUCAGAACUAAUUAACGGGGACCUCCCGGAGCAACUUUUUUUUUUCUUUAUUUUUCUUUCUUUAUUUUUUUAAUAGCCUGCCACCUGCCUAUCUUUUUAUAGAGUUUUUCAGUGAUAUUGGCGAGAAAAUUGACGAGAGAAAAACAGGACCAGGAAGUUGGAUCAAAGGAUGGAAUCGUAGAUGCCUGGUAUGCGGGGAAAAUUUGGGGAGGGUUUCAUACGGGGUACUCGUUUGAAUGUUGAUUUCUUUGCUUAAUCCUUUUUUCUUCUAGUAUUUUCAAUAAAAACACCUGAAGGCCA